UCCAGAGGCUGUUUUCUUAACAAUGUCUUAGAUAAGACAGGUGAAAGCAGAAGAAAUCAAAGAAAGCUAAGCAAGAUAUGAAGGACCCAUUCAAGCCUGGUCAACCUGUGCAAUUUGAGCCAUGUAAAGAACAGAUCAGGAAAGCAAUGCAAGGAAAGAAAGAUAGACAAGUCAAGCGGGGUAAGGAGAGACUCAGAUGAAACAAAUCAGAGCACAAGGGGGGUAAGGAGAGACUCAGAUGAAACAAAUCAGAGCACAAGGGAAAGCCAUGAUAUCCAAGCCAGUGACAACUGCUCAAAUUUGGCAGCAUGGCUAAGACAGAAAGGGAGUCCAACUCUCAGUAUUCAGAAUGGAGGCUCAGGCAUCAUACCUAUGAAGUCAAGGAAGAGAAGGCUAAAGUCUCCCGCUGUUCCCGGGCUGGGUUGGUGUUCUCUGUCAGCUGCGUAGACAGAUUGCUGCGCAAAGGACAGUUUGCAGAGCGCAUUGGAGCUGGAGCCCCAGUGUAUAUGGCCGCCGUUGCUCAAUAUCUGACCUAUGAGAUCAUAGAUGUUACUGGGAAAGUUACCAAACACAGCAAGAACCACCAAAUUUCCCAGCAGCACUUGCAGCUGGCCAUUCAAAGCAACAAAGAUCUCAAAAAGGUGCUAGAAGUUGCCAACAUCUCUCAGGGCUGGGUCCCACCCCAAAGUGAUCCUUUGCCUGUGCCUUUCAAGAAGAGUGACCAGUGUUUCCCCAAAGGAAGGACCAUUCGUGCCCCUGUCAUUGUCAAGUAAGAGCAAAACACAAAGACAGCCAUCAGCCUGGAUUGAGAGAAGCAAAACUGAUGUGAUUGUAACGCUCUUUUCAAACCCAUCA